AUGAGUUGGGCGGAAGUGCCACCACACCGGAACAGUGAGCCGAUUAUUCAAAAAGGGACCAAGAGGACUCAACCUUUGCCUAGAAGCCAAUCCAAUGCUCAAGACCACAUAAUCGCCGAAAGAAAACGCAGAGAGAAGCUUACUCAAAGAUUUGUAGCUCUUUCCGCUCUAGUUCCUGGCCUUAAAAAGAUGGACAAGGCUUCUGUGUUGGGAGAUGCACUAAAGCAUAUAAAGUAUCUCCAAGAAAAAGUGGGAGAGUUGGAGGAAGAGAAGAAAGAGAGAAGAUUGGAAUCAAUGGUACUUGUGAAGAAGUCUAAGCUGAUUUUGGACGAUAAUAAUCAGUCAUCUUCUUCUUCUUCAUGUGAAGAUGGCUCUUCGGGCUUGGAUCUGCCUGAGAUCGAAGUAAGAUUCUCGGAUAAAGAUGUUUUAAUCAAGAUCCUUUGCGAGAAGCAAAAAGGCCAUAUUGCCAAGAUUAUGGCUGAGAUUGAGAAUUUGCGUUUCUUGACAAUAACUAAUUCAAGUGUAUUGCCAUUUGGACCAACUCUUGACUUCACCAUUAUAGCUAAGAAGGAGAGUGAUUUCGACAUGACACUCAUGGAUGUUGUAAAGAGCUUGAGGUCUGCUUUAUCGAAGUUCAUGUGAUUGUUUCAAAGUUUCAUGCUUAUACGUUAGGAGAUCUAGUUGAACAUAUCGAAGAAUUAAUCAUAAGUGUUUUUAUUCCAUGAAAAUGUUCGUUUAAAUAAUGAUAAGUUGUAUGAUUGAUGGAUUUUGUCGUCUCUAUUUCACUUACUUUUCCCUUUUUUUUGUGUAUUCAUUCAUAU